AUGACCGCUCCCAUAGGUGGCAUAUGGGCGCCCGCCGCGCUGCGGGUCGUCCGUACCGCCGCCUACAAGGCGAGCAAGCUGAUCCGGGCCAAGAUCGCCGCCGCCGCCCGUCCAGCCAACAACGCCGUCCUCGAGCCCGUUCUCGCGCGAAACGCUCCCCGUCAACCCGUCCACCCCGCCGCUUUCCUCCGCCAGUCUAAGAACCGCCGAUGGCACUCCACGUACCAAAACUUCAAUACCGCCGUCCGCCGCUUCAUGAGCACCGGCACUGGCUCCGGCGCUCCUCGGAUCGACCGGGUCAAGUUCGCAGGCACUCAGACCGGCCGCGCUAUCGCCCAGUUCACGGGCCGCGCGCCGUUCGCGAGCACCCUGCGCCCUAACCUCACAGGCGGUGCCUUGCCCCGUACCGCAGGCGGGUACGGGCUCGGUUCCGGCCGCGUAGGCGGCGCCCGCUACUUCUCCCACACGCCCGUGGCCCAAGCCCAAGUCAUCCAGAACGUAUCCGCCGCCGUGCGCGCGUUCUGGAUAUCAGGACAAAAGGCACAGUUCGACGGGCUGACUGCCCGAGGGGAAAGGAAAUACCGCUCCGUGUCUGCGUUGCAGGAGGAGACGACCCGCAAGCUGGCUGCGCUGCCGCGCGAUGUCCCGGGCUCGUACGUCGACUUCAGACUCAACCCGACCGUUACUGCUCUCAGCCCCCUCGCGGCUGCGUUCCCGUACCAGCCCGCUGGCUUCAAGGCCCCUGCUCUCGACGCUACGACUCUUAACACUGACGGCUUCCUCGAUGUGCUGUCUGGUGACUUCGCUCGUGCCUUGAAGGACUUGACUACGACUUUGGCUGAUAUGAAGAGGCUUUCUUCGCUGGGCGACCUUCCGGUACACCUCGUGAAAGGACAUACUCUUCGGGUCCGCUUCCCAGGCGUCGAUAGGGAGACCGUCGAGUCGCUGUGUGAUGAUCUCGGGGUGAAGAGGGGCAUCGUUAUGGAGGAUCCCGACUUCGCUGCCGAGACCGGGGUUACCAUGGCGCUGAAGUUCCCUUUUGCUCCUGAUGCUAGCCACGACACGAAGACGCUCACCUCGCCUGGUGGUUCGCUCAGAUCGCAGGACAGCUUCUUCCGAGCGGAGGAAGAGCUCUUCGAAGAGGGCUUCAGCGAUCUAGAAGAUAACCCAUGGCUAUCCCUGCCAGCUGACCCGGAAGGCUACGAGAGCAUGUCACCACCGAUCAGCUCGGGUGAACACUGCUCAGAGGACUUCGAAGGCCUUGAGGGCAUAUACAAGUUCUUAGAGGAGUGCGAUCGCUCCCGUGGAAAGUUCUGA